AUGAAUUUAGGAAUUGAGUAAAUAAUACCUAGUUUGUAGAAUAGCAUUGUGAAUCACACUUAAUCAAUUAUUUUAGAUGAUUGUAUAUCAGAAUUUCAGAAAUAUUUGGAGAAAGUAAUUCCAAAUUAUUUUUAAGACUCCAAAGCAUAGAAAAAUGUAUUUAAGGACUAGGUGACUACUAAUGUGAUAAGUUCACUGUUAAAUUUGACCAACCAGUCAGAUUUUUUAAAACCUUAUGACAAAGAAAUAACUCUUACAACUCUGACUAAAUUAUAUAAAAUAGUAUAAGAAAUAUAAGAGAAUGGAAAAAUUCAAGUUUUUAUUAAUCAAACAAUUUGGAAUAUCGAAAGAGAUACUACUAGAUAAUUACAGGAUUUAUAAGAUUUAUUUUAAUUACUUCUCUCCUCCAAAUCUUGUGGUAAAAUGAUACUUUUAAAAUAAUUUGAUUAAUAUGUAAGAAAAUUGCAAUAAUAAACAUAUUUCUGGGAAAGCCUAAUUUUAUUAGAAAACUAACAAAUCCCAAAAAUCUCAAGGGAAUCAUUGGCAAAGGAAACAGAUCUAGUAAAUAAAAUUGAGCUUUGGAAGUUGAUUCUAAUUUAAGAACGAAAUAAAACUCCAUCCUCUAAAGGUACCUCACUUAUUUUAGAACAAUAAAAAAUCAUCCAAACCUAAUGUCUCCAUUAAAAGACUAUCCUUAAAGCUUUGUAGCAGUAUUGUGGAUUGGGACUUUAAAAGAACUAAUUAUAAUCGAUUUAAUUAUUUGAAGAAUUAGCCAGAUCAGGCAACCCUUUAGCUAAUGCCAUUUUGGGAUAAUUAAUCUUGGAAGGUUAAAUAUGUGAGCAGAACUAUGAGAAGGCCUAUGAAUACUUUUCAGAGAGUGCUGACUAAAACUGUCCGAUUGGGAUCUACUUUAUGUCAAAAUUAAUAUUAGUAACCAUAUUAGGUAAACUAUAUUAGGAAGGCAAAGUCCAGAAUAAGAUAUUUGGAGAAGCCUAAAAAUCUAGUAGUAAAUUCAAUAAUACAAACAAUUCUAGGAUCGAGGAAUGCCAAUUCGCAAUUUCUAUGCUGAAAAUAGCUUCGGAAGCAGGAAAUGUGGAAUCAAUGAUUUAUUUAGGAGAUCUUUAUUCUUAAGGAUACAAAUUAGAUGAUUUCACCCUGGAUAGUGAUUAUUCGACAUCUGAAAUUUAUUUCAAAGAGGCUAGCAAAUAAGAAAGUGUAGAAGCCAAGUUUAAAUUAGCUAAGCUCUAUUAAAAGAUGUUUAAAAUUUCAAUUUAUAAAAAUAGGAUAUAAUUCGUACACUAACUAUUAUUAGAGGCUAAGAAUAACGAGUACUUGCCUGCUUAUUAUGAUAUGGCCAAACUCUUAAUUGAAGGUAUAAAGGAUGAUUUGCAACCUAAUUAAAUUAUGGCAGAAUUGAUAUUAGAAUAGGGAGCAAUGAAGGGUAAUUCAGACUGUGCAAAACUUAUUCUAGAGAUCAAAUAUAACAAUCUAGUCAAUAACAAAAUCAACCUAUAAGAGUUUCUACAAUUAUUGGAUUCGUUAGAUUAAGUUUAGAAUAAAGUUGAAAAUUUAACUUUCUAUUAUAGAGGGAAAAUUGCUUAAAAUGGUUUGUAAGAUGAGAGCAAUUCUUAAUUUGCCAACUAACUCUUUAAUUUAGGAUCUAAUUUAGGAUGCAGUAAGUGUAAAUAAGAGUUAAGUUUAGGUGCAAAAAAAGAGUUGAACUCAAAGAAAGAAGUAGUAGAACAAUAGGAGAAACAGGAAAGGUUUUAAGCAAGUCUUGGUUUUGUUUAAUAGUUUAAAUAAACUGAUUGGAGAUCAAGAUUUAGAAAGCAAAGCAUAUUUUCAAACCCAUUCAAUAUCUCAUUAAUAGAAAAUGAUCAAUCAACAAUAUAAGCUAGAAUGACAUCCAGUAUAAUUAAAACAAUAGAAAUUAAUGAUGCGGAGAAUAAGAGGAAGCGAGUUAUAUCAGAUUAUACAGGAUUUACUAAGUAAUAACCUUCAGAUUAAAGUAUAUUGCUGUCGAAUUUGAAAUUGAACCCGAACGAUCAGCAAUAGUUGAAUUCAAACUAUUAGAUUCAAGAGUAAAAGUCAAGAAAAUCAUCAUUUUAUACAAAAAAGGAAAAACCAAAGUUUUUGAGGCACUUGUCGUAACAUGCAAUCCAUUCAUAAUCUUCAAAUUUACUAAAUUUUUAAAAUACAUGAGAAUAGUUUGUAUUAAUAUCAUCUCUUUAAGUAUUCAAUAAAAUUAAA